AUGGGUGUUGAGAAGCCCAAAGGUGGGCUCGGAAAAGUUGAAAAGAAACCCAAGCCACCUUCUGCAACUAAAAAAUCUACAGAGCCAAAUUCAAACAAUACCAGUGAUAAUGCUAAAAUUCCCAUUCACGCUGAUCAAAAAGUGGAUUCUAGCAGUUCUAAUGCACAAAAAUCUAACAAAUCGCCGAAACUAAAUGGACAGGCUCAUGGUGAAAAGUUAGUUACCAAACAUGGUAAUAAUGGGAUAGACAAGAAAAAACAUGAACAUCCUUUAUCAACUAAAUCUGAAACUUAUUCCAAGUCUAAAAUUUCAGAUAAAUUAUAUUCUGGUAGCGGUAAUGUUGAUACUAGCACUAGCACCAACGCUGCUAAUAAGAGGUCAGAUAGGAGUUAUAAGGAUGAUAAGAAAAUGGCUAAUAAUGGUUACGGCCGAAAAAUGAAGUCUAACGCCAAAUUAAAUAGUGACAUAUCGUCUAAAUCGAAUCUAUCAAACGAUACCGACCACUCAAACUUACAUACAUCUAAGAAUCAUGAUGAGAAAUCAACUAAUUCCCACUCAGAAACAACUGUUAGAAACAUAAUAAACCUUGAUUCAGUUCCAGACAUAUCUAAACUCUCCCCCAGGAGCAAAGAAUGGGUUGGAAAUUUAUUCCCCGUGCUAGAAUGCUACAAUUUUACUCUGCCUGAAAUUCUAAUGCUGAUUAAACGCAACGAGUAUAAUGCGGACAAAAUACAAAAUGCAGUGUCCGUCAUAAUGCAAGUUCAGGGUGGACAUGAGCAGGGACAGUGGCAGACAGUUGGAGUUAAACCUCCAAAACCAAAGGAGCAAGAUAAGGCCAAAAUGUAUCAUGAUAAAGUCAACAACUACCUCAAGGCUUUAAGGGCCCAAAAUAACGAAAAUAACAAAUCCAAACAACAACAACAACAAUUGAAGCAUGAUGAUGAUAAGAAUAUGAAAUUUCAAAAAAAUGGUAAAAAAGAUGUUGAAGGCUACCACGUUACUGCUAAGACUAAGGAAAGUGAAGCUGUUUCUAGAAAUCGUGAUGAAAAACCAUACAAAAAGGAUGCACCUGAUAAGGCUUCAAACAAAUCAUUCAGUGUAUCACGUGAUAAACUUCUUGGUCCCACAAGAUCUGUAUGUGAUAAAUCCUCUGGUAUAUCAGUGGGCGAUGAUAAAGCGGCUACAGAUCAAAAUGAUUCGGUAUCCAAGUUGGACAAUGCUAGUGAAGUGGAUAUACCUAAACUAUUUGAUCUAUCACUGAAAAGUAAGGGUGCAAAAAUUGACAAGAAUUCAAGAUAUAAUAGGAGUGAUGGGAAAUUGGGUAAGAACUACAGAGAUAAAAUAUUUAAUUCCGGAACUACCGAUCAUUCCGAUAAGAUUGAGAAUUCAAAAACGAUGGAAUCAACGGAAAUUUUGCAAGCAGGCACGACCACAACUCAUACUACAACAUAUGGAUUGCAACAAUUUCGAGAUGUGAAUUUUCAAACGCAGAAAUAUCAAUAUCAGGAUUACCAAGGCAAAUCCUAUGCCAAUUAUCCCCAUUAUGCCCAUUAUGGUUACCCAGAAUACGCACAACAGCCCAUGCCAACAUUCCAACCCUACCAAGACCCAGCCAUUAUAGCAUCAUAUCCCAACUUCAAAAAUUACCAGGCAGUGAUGCCUAACAUGCCAAAAUAUAAUCCUAAUAAUCUUCCGAUGAUGAUACCCACAAAUUAUUCAAGUGGAGUUCCCAAUUCAUCGCCAACUGAUAUCAAUGGGAGUGAUAAUUUGCGUAAUACGAUUCCAAGUCGUGAUUUGAGUAAUGAUAAACUUUUGUCUGAUGAUAAUAUUGGUGGAACCAAUUCUCAGAAGAAUAAAAUUGUAGCAAAUAAUUUGAAUGACGACAGCUUGUGGAGAGAACAAGUUAAAAACAUACCCCAGUCCGUAAAUUGGAAAGAUCAAUCAGACAAGGAUCAAAAGAAAGUACCGGCUAGUUCGGCUUCUGGUCGGGAUAUGCCGAUAGUGAAUUCUCAGGGACAUGGUUACAACGGUAAUUAUUCAAUACCACCUGGUCUCCACUCAACAUCAUAUCCAUAUUCAUACUCUUCAUACCCAUAUAACCCUAACUAUAGCGGUAUGAUGUAUGGCACACAGAAUCCACAAAUGCACUCCCAUCAUAUAAUGUCAUACAAUCAGUACGACUCCUCAUACAAGUAUGUAGGUGGGCCCCCUGGUCUAGACGCUAGAGGAAGUCAUGAAAAUGGAGAUAAAUUGGCACAGAGAGAGCAAAUGAACGUGGGUUAUAAUAAAGUGCAAAGUAGUAGCAGCAGUUAUGGAAAAUCUCCCCACGAAGGAAUCCCAAACCCGCCUGGGCUAGCCAGUUACUACUCUCAGUACCAGCCUUCUUAUGGCAAUCACAGCGGUUCUUACCCAAACGGGUCCAAUUGGCCCUAG